AUGCAAGCGCAAGUCGAUUCCCUCGCAGGCCGCGUGCUGCGCGGGGCUGAGGCCCUCGACACGCCCAGGCGCUUUUUGGUCGGACUCUCGGGGAUCCCGGGGUCGGGCAAGACAACGCUCGCGCGAUGCGUCACCGACGCGGUCAACCGCCAGGCCGGGGCGGAGGUGUGCGUGUGCGUCGGCAUGGACGGCUUUCACUACACGCGCGCGCAGCUCGAUGCGAUGGACGACCCCGCAUACGCACACGCGCGCCGCGGCGCCGCAUUUACGUUUGACGCGGACGCAUUUGUCGCGUUUGUCGAGCGCUUGCGCGCGUCGGGCCACCCCGGCGCACUCCCGACGCUCCACGCGCCCUCCUUCUCGCACGCGGAAAAAGAUCCGGUCGCUGACGGCAUCACGAUCCUGCCGUCGCACAAAAUCGUUCUCGUCGAGGGGCUCUACUGCAACCUGUCUGUCGCGCCGUGGGACCGCGCGGCGGCGUGCUGGGACUUGCGCUGGCUGCUGACCAUCGACGAGGCCGAGGCACGCGCGCGCCUGACCCGCCGCCACGUCGAGGCGGGCCUUGCGCCGACGCCGGACGCGGCGCGCCACCGAGCGGAUACCAAUGACCUGCCCAACGGCGCGUGGAUCCUUGCGCAUACCAUAGAGCCGAUUGAGCGGCUGUCUACAUGA